AUGGCAACAGCCAAUCAUUUUCAAACUCGUGUAUUAAUCCCUGAUAAAACUUCAUUAAUAAACAAUGAAAUUCGUAUUAAUUUAUUAUUAGAACAAGCACAAACCUAUUUUCAUACAUUGAAUGACCUUCAAGCAACUCAAUAUAGACAAAAUUUAACACAAGCAUCUGAACUUGAUCUAUGGUCAUCGAAAAUGUUUGAAAAAAUUGAUGAUUUAUAUAAAUCAUGUUUAAACGAUUUAAAACAAUCAUUUGAACAAUUAAAAUUAUUUCAACAGUUAAUGAUUAAAAUAUUAUAUAACGAAAAUGAAAAUAAUCUUGAUGGAAAUAAACUGUUGACUAUUGGACAAGAAAUUUGUAUUUUAAAAUGUUUAUCAUAUCAACUUGAUACAACAAAAGUUAAAAUUGAAGGAAAAUUUAAAUCAAAUAAAAAUUUUAAUAACGAUGAAUCAGAAGUUUUAAUUGACGAACAUGAUAUUCAAAAUAAUAUAAAUGAAAAAAGUAAUAAAAAAGAUUUUAUUUGUCGAAUUCUAGUACAUAAAGAUACAAUAAAUAAAAUUGAAAAUUUAUCACUUAUUCAACAGUUUGUUGAGAUGAAAAAUGAUAUUAAUAAAACAACACCUGAAAGAAUUUUAACUAUUAAUGGUCCUCAUCGUUUAGAUGUUAUUGAACAAAUACUUUCCACUGUAUAUUCAGCAUCAUUAAAUCAAUGUGAAUUGCGAGUUCUUCUUCAUCAAUCUUAUGCUCCAUUGAUACUUGGAAAACUAGGAGAUCGAUCGAAAGUUUUACGUGAAAAAUAUUCUUUACAUAACUUAACUAUUCAUCCAACAUGUGCACCACAUUCAACUGAACGUGUUCUUCUCAUACAAAGUUUAUCACCUGAAAAAAUACUUUCUUGUCUUCAAGAAAUAUUUAUUAAUAUUAAUCAACAUACAUAUGAAGGAGAUGAAAUUAUACUUUAUGAUGAAAUCAAUUACGAUGCUUCACUUGUUCAUGAAUAUGGUGGUUUUCCUUCAUCUGAAUCUAUUACACGUUCCAAUGAACAACAUAAUCAAUAUUAUGACCAAAAUGAAAAAUUUGACGAAGUAGAAGAAAAUGAAGGUAUUCGCCGUUAUUCAGCGUUCGAUGCUUGGAAUGGCUCAGUUGAAGCUGAUACGGAUCAUGAAUUUUCAGUAGUUAAAAUUGGUGAAACUUCAAUCAUACGAGAAUUCUGGAUUAAUCAUGGUCAGUUUGGUGCUUUACUUGGUCCUCAUGGUGUACGUAUCGCACAGAUUCGUUCACAAUGUCGAACAGUCCGUAUUCAUACAGUAGCUGGCUCAUCAAUUGAUACAUGUUCAGUUAAAGUGAUUGGACCUCGAGUUGAUGUUAACCAUGCUGUCAAUUUAAUAAUGCAAUCAAUUAAAGAGCAUGAUAGAAAAUUUCCUUUUAAACACCAUCGUUUUAGUGGACGUUUAAGAUAA